UGUAACCAGACCCCAGAAGUUCUUAAAUCAUUUUAAAGGCUAUCUCGAUGUUUUAAAAAAAAAUAAAAUUUUUGGUUGUGGAUUUGUAAGCGCAGUGGAAAGGUGUACAUUGUACAGGGGACGGGGCUUCGUGGAGACCUGUAAUCUUUUUUCUCAGUAAGCGAAGCUUCAGCCAUCAUCUACAUAUUGUAGAAAGCAUGUCGUGCAUGGUAUUAAAUGUCCCUUUUACAUUACCUCCACUACCCAACAGAAAAAUUUCUCUGAGCUCAACUAGAGAAAUUGCGAAAUCCAGUUCAGGGGGAUGGAAUUCGUCAUUUCCAUCUCUGCAGCUCACAGUCCCUAACUGUCAACGUUUCCACUUGAAAAAAAAGCCAUUGACAGUGGUUCAAGCAGCAUGGACAAGGCGCUCUAAAAGUGAGUCUGCUAAGAAUCCAAGAAAGAAGUCAUGGAAACAACGGACAGAUAAGUAUAUGAAGCCGUUUCUACUGGAUGUAUUCAUCUCUAAUAAGUACAUUCAUGCAAAAGUGAUGCACAGAGUAACAAGUAAAGUUGUCUCGGUGGCUACUACAAAUUCAAAGGAUUUGAGGAACACUUUGCCUUCUCUUACCGAUUUGGAUGCAUGUAGAACUAUUGGAAAGCUAAUUGCUGAGCGAUCUAAAGAAGCUGAUGUAUAUGCAAUAUCUUAUGAACCAAGAAAAGGGGAGAGAGUGGAGGGGAAACUUGGUAUAAUUUUAGAUACCAUUAAAGAAAAUGACAUAGCUUUUGUUUAGAUCUGCUAUGUCUGUCAAUGCCUUCUAACUGCACAAAUGUAGCAAUUUUGUAACAAAAUAUUCCCUGCAAAUGUACCAAGGAAACAUGGACAAUCGUCAUAUUCUUAAACAAAUACAGCUUAGUUUGAGAAAUUUCAUAUGUAACAAUAGAUGUGUACCAUCAUUCUAUUCCCUGAACAAAUACAGUGUCGUUUGAGAAAUGUCCUAAUAUCUUUGACAAGACCUCCAAACAUUGUCUAGUGGGACCCACAUGAGAUCUCAAUAGAUUCAGUGGUGUAGAACUCUAAGGAGGACAACCCAGCACAUCUCUAUACAAAUGCCUAUAGUAUGUAUGAUUAUUGACUGCAUAGUCCAGCAGUACAUAGCCUUGCCAAUCCAUCAUUAACUCAGCUGCAAAAGUAAGGCAAUAAACAAAUCACAUAGAUGCAUAAGUUUUUGUUUAUUUAUGGAUUGCUUUAUUCAUGGUUA